ACCAGCUUCGUGACAUUCGCUUUCGCAUAGAUCAUUAGCCAUGGACUUUCUCAAAUCGGCAGUGGCGUCGGCGAUUUCAAAAGGAUACCCGGCAUUUGGCUACACUUUCGGAGACCGUGUGGACAUUGACGACUCCAUCUGGACAUUGCACAACGGCACAAAGCGAGAAGACGGCUCCAAGUGUAGUAUCUUCUCCUUCGACAUCACUGCAAACAAAUCCCGACUACCGCUCGCUCGUAAUGCGCUUCGCAAGCUGCGAACCCUGCGUCAUCCAGGCGUCGUAAAAGUCUUGGAUACGGUCGAGACGGACACGUACAUAUACAUUGCGACCGAGAGACUGAGCCCACUGAGCUGGCAAGUCAAGAGGAAGAGCCUCACCGAGGAGACGAUCAAAUGGGGGCUACACACCGUCGCAAAGACACUGAAGUUCAUCAACGUGGAUGCGUCCUCGAUCCACGGCUGCAUCCGCCCGGCCUCGAUAUUCUUCAGUGAAAGUGGGGAGUGGAAGCUCGGCGGCUUCGAUGCGCUAAGCUCCGUGAAGGAAGACGACUCUAUACUGCCAACUUAUGGCAGUCUAAUACCUGAUGCGGGCCGGUAUAUGGCGCCGGAAGUCUCCAAGGGAGGGUGGGAGGUCAUCAAGCAGAAUCCGACACACGCUGUCGACGCGUACAACUUCGGUGUGUUGAUCUUCGAGGUCUGCAACGGCAGUUACAGCAGCAGCGAUCAGCUGGUACAACUGAAGAGCAUUCCCGCGAGUAUGCACCAGACGUACAAACGCCUUCUCAACCCAAGCCCAAAGGCACGAAUGAGUGUUGGGCAAUUUUUGGACCAAGGAAAGCGGAUAGGAGGCUUCUUCAACACGCCGUUGAUUCAGGUCACCGAGGAUAUUGAGAAUCUAGGUCUCAAAGCCGAGGACGAACGAAAUGAGCUGCUUGGAAAGCUGGACGAGGUUGCAGAUGACUUCCCGGCUGACUUCUUCAAAAUGAAAGUAUUACCUGAGCUGCUUAAAUCGGUAGAGUUUGGAGGUGGCGGCGCGAAGGUGUUUGGCACUGUCAUGCAAAUAGGGCAGAAGCUGUCAGACGAAGAGUACGAGACGCAGAUUAACCCAGUCGUCGUACGACUGUUCGCAAAUCCAGACCGUGCUAUACGUGUCUGCUUGCUGGACAAUCUUCCGCUGAUGAUCGAUCAUUUACCCCAGAAGCUCGUCAACGACAAGAUCUUCCCUCAGAUGGUCACUGGUUUCUCGGACGUAGCGCCUGUCGUGAGAGAACAAACCGUCAAGGCUGUCUUGACUGUUGUUCCCAAGUUAUCGGAUCGGAUAGUAAAUGGCGAACUCUUACGAUAUCUCGCAAAAGCCGCGAAUGACGAGCAGCCUGGUAUCCGUACCAACACAACAAUCUGUCUAGGCAAGAUUGCACGGAACCUGGGCGUGAGCACCCGAGCGAAAGUCCUGUCCGCUGCCUUCUCUCGCUCACUCCGUGACCCCUUUGUCCACGCCCGCAAUGCCGCUCUACUGGCGCUAGCUGCAACUGCAGACCUUUUCAACGAAGAGGAAUGUGCCUCGAAGCUACUCCCAAUCAUGUGUCCAUCCCUGGUCGACAAGGAGAAGUUGAUUCGCGACCAAGCCCAGAAAAGCGUCGACAUCUACCUCACGCGCAUUCGCAAGUACGCUACCUCCAUGCCCGACACCGUCCUCCCAUCACCGGGCCUCACUGCAGGCGGAGCGGUCGCCCCGCGGAUAGGAACCCCCGCGAACGAUACAUCAUGGGCCGGCUGGGCCAUAUCGAGCUUCACGAAGCAGCUCGCCUCCACAAGCGGAGAAAUACAAGCCAGCUCCAUUGCAAACGGCAACGCGGACCAAAGAUCCUCCUCCGUCCCUCCCCUGGCGUCAUCCCACAAGCCUCCGGUGCCCAUGGCCUCAAAGCCCGGGAUGACGCUACACAACUCCAAGAGCUCGGCUACAAUACUCACUGUCACUUCGCCAGACCCCGCUGCAUCCUUCAACGACGAAGCCGAAGAGUUCGACGACGACUGGGGCGGUUUUGGCGGCGACGACACGGCGACGACACAAACUAAGGACGACGGAGAAGAGGACGAUCCAUGGGGCGCGCCCGCCGUGUCCAAGCCGCCCACUUCCACAACUUCCUACGACGACAAGGGCGAGCCUGAUUUCGCGGGCUGGCUGGCCGCACAGUCACAAACUAAGAAAGUGACCAGCAAGCCGUUGCCGAAGGGGUUGGGUAAGCCAACGGCAUCGACGUUGAAGAGUGCAAGGCCGACUGUUAGUGUGCGGGCGAGUACGACGGGGUCCAUGGCGAAGAAGGCCGUUGUGGCACCUAAGAAGGAGGUCAAGCACGUGGAGACGAAGGGUAAGGAGGAAGAAGAGGAGGGUUGGGGGGAUGCUUGGUAGGUAGGUAGCUGUAUUUAGUAUACCCUUGUUUUUAUCGACGCAUUCAUUGUUCACCAGUAAUAACCUAACA